UCCUUCUUGUUCCGAGCCGCAAUUGAAAAUUGGUCAAACGCUAUUGGUCAAAAUGGCCCUCCCGGUUUAGUGCACCUGAUAACCGAGCUGUCCCGAAGAUGGAAAGCUCAUGACGAUUUCAUCCAACCGCCACAAACUACACAGUCGACGCUUCGGUCGUUGAAGCGUCUUUUCUUUGCCUAUAAUUGCCGAUCACUUUCUCUUGACAGAGCGGUGAGCUCCUGGGACAGAAGGAGACUUUCUAUUCAAUUGAUUGCGCCGCGACAAUGGCAUCUCUCCGCUCUUGCGCUCCCCGAAUCAUCGGCUCGGCACGGCCAACCCUUCGGUUGGCCGCCGCUCCAGUUCGAGGGUUCGCCCAGUUGGCUGACGGUGCUACCGAGUCGCAGACAGCUUCCGGUGAACAGUCGCGGAUGAAGUCGUUCCAGAUCUACCGCUGGAACCCCGACACGCCCACCGAGAAGCCGCGGAUGCAGACCUACACUCUCGAUCUCAACAAGACCGGCCCUAUGGUUCUAGACGCAUUAAUCCGGAUCAAGAAUGAGGUGGACCCGACAUUGACCUUCCGGCGAAGCUGCAGAGAAGGCAUCUGUGGGAGCUGCGCAAUGAACAUCAACGGGACGAACACGCUAGCCUGCCUGUGCAGGAUCCCCGCCGAAGACAAUGCCGAAAUGAAGAUCUAUCCGCUGCCACACACUUAUGUCGUCAAGGAUCUGGUGCCAGAUUUGACGCUCUUCUACAAGCAGUACAGGUCUAUCAAGCCGUACCUGCAGAGAGACACACCUGCUCCGGAUGGCAAAGAAUACCGCCAGAGCAAGGCCGAUCGGAGGAAGCUCGACGGCCUUUACGAGUGCAUUCUGUGCGCAUGCUGCUCGACCUCGUGCCCGUCCUACUGGUGGAACUCGGAAGAAUACCUCGGACCUGCCAUUCUGCUUCAGUCAUACCGAUGGCUUAUCGACUCGCGUGACGAGAGGAAGGCCGAGCGCAAGGCCGCUUUGGACAACUCGAUGAGCCUUUACCGAUGCCACACGAUUCUGAACUGCACCCGGACAUGCCCCAAGGGGUUGAACCCUGGUCUGGCAAUUGCCGAGAUCAAGAAGGAGAUGUCCUUCUAGGCUGGCGAUCGGAUCCGAGGAAUAUAGGGAUAUCGCCAGGGGAGGGAAGCUAGGAAAAGUGGGGGGCUGGUGAACUGUUCCAGCAAUGGGCCUUAGAGUGUAAACUGUAUCCUGAUCUUGAGCAUGAUUGGAGUUUACUUUUUGUUACAGUAACAAUGCGAUAUGGCUUCUUCAACUUCUUGCUUGCCAGUGCUAGUGCCAUGUGCCCUUUGGCAAUCUGUCUAGGCCCACCUCCCCGAGUCAUCAAGGUUCCAUGCGCAUCAUGCUGAUCUGUGGGUUAUCUCUAGAGACGCCCACCAAUGCUACGGCGGAGGGAAGGUUGAAUGAAUCCCAUGCAAGAUCACAGCUGCUUGAGUCGACUCGAAGGAACUAAGACUCAAUUGAAC